CGCAGAGUGAUCGCGGCGGCCGGCUCGCUCAGCUGCAAAUCCAAUCGCGCGCCGUUCGGCUGCCGCCCUGUUGCCGAUGCGCGCUUGACCCCCCUCAUCGAUAAAUUAUUACUGCUCAUUACUCGUCGUGUCUCAUGUCAUGAAGAAGCGCUGACAAGCGAUGUCAUCGUGGCUGCCGACGCUUCUCGAACGAAACAGUUCGGAGCCGCGAGCUCGGCUCGAGCUCGGCCAGGAGCUGCUCGAGCGACUCGGACAGUCGCGACUGCCCUCGGACUCCAAGACGAUCAACGAGUAUUGCGAUGUUCUGUUUCAAUGGCUGGCUGCGAGUAAUUUCAAGGUUUCAUUACUGUCUUUGGAAAUCCUUCAAGCAUCUAUAGAUGUCUCUGGUGAUGUACUAGCACCAUACCUCCUUGAACGGGUCACUAGCUUGGUUGAGAGGCUGGGAGAUAGCAAACCUCAAGUACGGGAAGCCGCAAGUAAUCUACUGGUCGAUCUUGCAAACAUACCUCAUAGCAGUCAUGAGAGCGUAUUGGAGCGAAUGUCUCCUGGAUUUCAACACAAGCAGUACCUGGUUCGCAUUGGCACGAUGGAGGUUUUCGUGCGGCUUCUCGACGAAAGCCGCAAUGAACUUGAAGUGCAAACGAAUCGACUUGUGCCUACGUUGUGCAAGCUGAUGUCGGAUCCGAACGCUGAGGUACGAGAAGUUGCCGCAAAUACGCUAGCACAUGUAAUGUUGGUUUUGGGAGAAGAAGUCGGGACAACUAUCCGAAACGGACGACUUAUAUCGGAUAACAAAAUGCAGCUCCUGAUGCAACGUUAUGAGACUGCUCUUCGACGCAGUUCAUGCCCGUCAAGUGCUCCAAGGCCAACUCGUCCAGCUCGACGCUAUCAACCUCAUUUGCGCAAUGCCUUUCGUGAAUGGUCUGUAUAUGCAAUGAAUACGGAUAUUCUUGACGCACCCACAUGGGUCAACGACUCGUUAGAUAAUGCGCUAUCUAUGUUUCGUGUACCACAACAACCAAUAGAUGAUGGUCAAGCUGAUCAAGAAAAUCAGGUGCGAUCUACACCGGUGCUAGGCCGUGGAUCAAGUAUGCCGGCACCUAAACGCAUACCACCAGCGUUGCGUGGUUCCGCUAACUCUGCGGGAGUCGUGACUGAGGAUGAUUUUCGGAAGGCGUUCACGCAAGUUCCAAAGUGUGAUAUAUAUUCUGCGAAGGAAUUGCAGUCACAGAUGGAGUCGAUCCGACAAGUUCUUGAGAACACUCAGCUAGAUUGGUCCCAGCGCGUCAAUUCUUUGAAAUUACUUCGUUCAAUCUUAAUCAAUGGUGGAACGGACUUUGAAAACGAACUUUUAUCUGGUGUCCAUUCAUUAGAGGAUGCACUCAUAACUUCGGUCAAAGAUUUGCGGUCGCAAGUUUGUCGCGAAGCUUGUAUAACAGUCAGUUUUCUUUGCGAGAAACUCGAAGUAUCUAUUGUACGGUUGUGUGAAUCACUGUUACCGGCUACCAUCGGCCUCAUCCAGAAUAGUGUCAAAAUCAUGUCAUCUUCAGGCGCUACAGCUUGUUAUUUUAUCAUUAAGUACGUGGAGCAUCCGAAGCUUAUUCCAAUUGUUCUAUCCUAUAGUUCUUCGAAAUCUAAGGAAAUCCGAAAAAUUGUGCAAGAUCUUGUAAACCAAAUGCUUAUGAUAUGGACGCCGGCUAAGCUCGACAAAUCUCUUGGCGGAAUUAUCGACUGCAUCAAAGCUGGCAUCAGUGAUGCGGACCCACAUGCGCGUGCUUCUGCCCGAAAUGGUUAUCAGCAAUUGGACCAACACUUCCCACAUCAGGCACAGCUACUUUUCCAGAGUUUGGAUCCAACCAAGCAGCGUUCAUUAUCUGGAGCCGUAUCAGCUGCGUCGUCCUCUCAGUCCAUCAACAGCGAACGAGAUUCGUUGAAUAUGGCACAUAGACCCAAUGCCCUGGGACUGAAUAGACCAAAAACUACAAAUUUCUUUGCUGGUCGCUCUGCUUCCGAAAUAGAUGCGAAUGCUGUACGACGAGCUGCAGCUUAUACUCCAGCUAAAAGUAAACUUGCCGGAUCGAUAGCAACUCGUAACACACCAUCGGCGCGACCUGCUGUGGCUUCGCGAUGUGGUAUCCCACCUGCGAGGCAAACACCGUUGAAGACGAACAACUCCGUCAAUCCUCCUGGCAGUGUUUCACAACCUGGAUCCAGGAGCACAUCACCCACCCGUACAGGCGCCAGUCGCCGGCCGGCUGCUCCAGUGGCAUCCACUCCUUCAGUCAUGUCAUCAAGUCGAAUCGGCAUUGGAGUUGGUAGAGGACGGCAGAUUGGGACAAGAGAAGCAAGUCCAAGGCGAUUCAGUGGUGGAACUUUAAAUCGUGGAGGAAGCACCAAUGGUCAUACGAAUGCGGACACACGGCAGUUGUGCAAUGCGAUUAGGAACUUCUCAUUCACUACUGACGACGACGAGUUCUCAUUGGGUGUUAUGAGGUACGACCAAGCCGGUCUCACGGAUGCAUUGAAUGCUUGCACGUCUUCGAAUCUGAAUGAGAGGAAAGAUGGACUGCGGUCAUUAUUAGAAAUUCUCAAGUCUCGGCGCAAUAUCCCCCCUGCAGAUAUAAAGAAGAUUUGUGAUGUUUUGAAUAAACUUCUCACCGAGGGAAAUCAUAAAUUAUUGUCCAUGGUGAUGGAUAUACUAAACGUUUUUGUGUCAUCCUAUCAUGACAGUCUAGGAGAUUGGUUGCAGUUCCUUCUGCUCAGGCUUCUGCACAAAAGUGGUGUUGAAAUCCUUCCUACGGUUGUGCAACCUCUCAACAUGGCGUUGAAAGCAGUGCGCACUACUUUCCGGCCAGAACUUCAGCUAAUAGCCAUUUGUAAAAAUAUCCAGGAUCCCAUCCAAACACCGCCGGUGAAGGCAAAAGCUGCUACUUUGAAUUAUCUGCAUGAAUUACUGCAAGGAAUGGAACAAGGAUCAAGUCUUAGUAGAGAUGAGAUCCGCGGAGCAGUGCAGAAGAUUUUCCAGUGGAUGGAGGAUCCAAAGAAUGUCUCUAUCAAAUUGGCCUGUGAACGUGUAAUAUACGACUUCUUUUCGCUUAACACCGCAGAUUUUUCAACCAUACUAUCAACAUAUCCUCCACAAUGGAGGGAGUUUGCGUACAGCCUUCUCAAGAAGAAUAAGCCUAGCGAAGGCGGAGCACCAAGGUCACCUGCAGCAGCGCCUCCCGUUCACGAAGCUAUCUCGGACAUGUCUGCUCAAAUUACCGAUUACGUGGACAGCCGAGGCAUCAUGGCGGCUACACACACGCCUCCAGCGAAUCUGUCCCCGUCACCAGUGAAUGUUUCCCAGCUGCUGAAUGGAAGCUCAUCUAGGAAUACAUCGACGGUUUCGGACUUGGAUGUAAGCCUAGGAAUCGGUGAAAUCGAGUCUACUAUGUACUUGAAAGAUGAUGUGCAACUGCAGAACGAAUAUAUUGCUAAGUUGCUGAAGGAGCUUUCCGUUUUGGAUCCAUUCAGGCGAAACGAGCAAAAUCAAGCGCUUCAAACUCUACAACAAAUGGUUAGCGAAGGCUCAUUGACAACGUGGGAGGAGAACUUCAAGCCGCUUAUCCUACACAUCUUCAACGUACUAGCAGUCAAUGAUGUUACCCUGAAGCGUAAUGCCUUGAAACUGCUCACAAAAAUCUGCGUGGCACAAGCGGUGAGCUUUUACGAUUUGGCCGAGAUGACGCUAUUCAAGGUGCUUGACUCGAUAGCCGAGGAAGAAAAUCCACAAGUCAUGAAUGUUGCCGAUGAAUGUUUAAAAACGUUGGCUACACAUUUCCCUUUGCAUGUCGUCAUUCGAGCCACAAAGCCUAUAAUCGCUCAAGAGAACGAUCCUCGAGUUGGUCCCGCGCUCAAGAUGUUAACUCGUUUGAUCGAAUCGUUAGAGGCUGAUGAGUUGACGGCUAGACUACCAGAAAUUGCGCCAGGCGUUGUGAACUGCUACUCCAAUCCUCAGUCUAGUGUUCGAAAAUCGACAGUUUUUUGUUUGGUAGCGAUGGUGAACAAAUUAGGAAGAGAGCCAGUGAAUCCGUACCUCUCAUCUCUAUCAAAUAGCAAAAUCCACCUACUCGAAACCCCACUUGCUGACCGACAUUCGCUUUUAGGGAUCGAAGUUGUAUCAGUUACUGGUGCAAAUUACCCUGAUAAUGGUUCCUCAACCACGAUCACCCUUUCACUGAGCUAUUCGGCGUAUCCCGUUAUCUCAUCAAAAGAACAACUUGUGCGGGACUAUUUCAUUUAG